ACUCGUGGGUGUGGUCUGGUAGGUAGGGGAGAAGGCGGGUCUUGUUGCUGUGCGUUUGUGGAGUUUUAGCAGCACGUUACGCUGGGUUACUUGGGAAACAUAAUGAAGAAGGUCCCAGUAGUUUUGUUCGUAGCAUGGAUAUGUCUUAUGUUUUAUGCUGGGAUUGCACUUUUCCUGAGUGGUUUUCUUUUGGUACGAAUGGAGCUUAACAAUCGGAGUUCAUGUGUGGACCAGCACUUCCUGGGUUCGCAAGUGACAGAAGUUGAAGGCGUCUGCUGGAUGGAGCAAAGAUUCAAGAAGGUGGUAAUACUUGUCAUUGAUGCUUUGAAAUUUGAUUUUGCAAAGUAUGACCCCAAUAAUAAAAAUCCCAAACCUUUUGAGAAUAAAAUGGAAGUCUUUCAUAAUGUGGUGAACUCUCAGCCACAUAAUAGCAGACUUUAUCAGUUUAAAGCCGAUCCACCUACUACUACCAUGCAGAGAAUUAAAGGCAUUACUACAGGUUCCCUUCCAACAUUCAUCGAUAUUGGUAGCAACUUUGCAUCUUAUGCCAUUCAGGAGGAUAAUCUGAUUCAUCAGUUUGUUCAGAAUGGUCGGAAGGUCGUGUUCAUGGGAGAUGAUACAUGGGAUGGCCUCUUUCCAAACCAAUUCUUCAAGUCCUUUCCUUUUCCUUCCUUUAAUGUAAAAGAUCUUCAUACAGUGGAUAAUGGAAUUCUUCAGCAUCUCAUCCCUACAGUUGAAGCUGGUGAAUGGGAUGUUCUUAUUGCUCAUUUCCUUGGAGUGGAUCAUUGUGGACACAGAUAUGGUCCUGAUCACCCAGCAAUGGCAGACAAACUUCACCAAAUGGAUGAAAUGAUAAGGUCAGUACUCACUCGAUUGCAAAAUGACACCCUUUUGGUAGUUCUUGGAGACCAUGGGAUGACUAAUAGUGGUGACCAUGGAGGAGAUAGUGAAGAUGAAGUGAAUGCAGCCCUCUUUUUGUAUAGCCCACUCCCUCUUUUUGGGUUUGAAGCAAAAGAGGAUAAUAAAUCCAUCCCUCAGAUUGACAUUGUACCUACAUUGGCUCUUUUACUGGGAAUACCUAUCCCAUAUAGCAACAUUGGGAAAGUGAUUGCAGACGUGUUUAGCUGGAACACCAAACAAGAUUUUGUCAGUCCAUACCUAAUUCAAGCCCAGGCACACUGGCUGAAUGCUAGACAGGUGGAUCGUUUCUUGGAAACCUACUCUCUGGCUGCAAAGGAUUUGCCGAAAGAAGAACUGAGACACCUGAAAGAACUAUUUUUCAGUUUGUCAUCUGAGUACAGCAGCCUUGUUAAAGAGAAGCUGCAGUUCACUGCUGAAGGAGAGCUCACUGCACCAUUUCAAAACCUGAUCACUGGCUUGCAGCAUUAUUUAAAAAGUGCCAGGGAGAUGUGCCAAAAGUCUUGGGCUCGUUUUCACCCAAGGCGCAUGUUAAGUGGCAUUGUUAUUUUGGUGUUCACCUUGCUUAUGUGUUACCUUGUCUCUGGAGAUGUUGGCAUCCUUGAGUUGCUGUGCAACAGACUACCUCUUUAUCCCUUUAUGUGGGGAAUAUUAAUAGGAAUUUUAAACAUCGUGUUUCAGUUGUUAUCUCAGAACUCACUAGAAUUCAUUAUGGCAUUUUGCUGGGCUACUGGUGCCUCCUUAUUUGGAUUAUUUUGGCAGCUUGGGAAAUACAAACUUAAAACAGAUCACAGCACAGGUCAACUCCACAAAUCACAAUGUGUUUUGACCCAGCAGGGGCUUUUGACUUUGGCUAAUCUUCCUGUGCCACUGAUGGUUUUGUUCUUCAGAUGUGCCUCCUUGUUUUCAAACAGCUUUGUAGUUGCUGAUGCACAGGUGGUUCUCUUCCUUUUGAAGUCUCUCGUAGUGUUUGUUGUACUGAAGCUGUUCUGGAGUGGAAUGCUAACCGUUCAGAGCCCAAGUUCUACCUUCAUUCCAGAAAUGCACAAACACAUGAUCAUGCCUGCGUAUAGGAAAGAGUGCUUCCAUGUAAAUGGUUUUCUAACUUUGUUCUUCAUUUGUGUUUAUUUGUCUAGUAUGUUUCAUUCCUGUCGUGAAGAACUACUGAACUGUGAGCCUUCUUCCUUGCUGACUCCACUGUCAAGUUUGAAAAACAGUCAUGUCCGUAACAUAUGCUACAUUCUGUGCAUUACUUCAGUCUCCUGUAUUGUCUACUUGAUAAGAUGGUGGCUUCGUCACUAUGGCAACCUCAAUAGCUCAACAUUAAUUGUGCUGUUUGUACGCUGGGGAUUCCCUCUUACAGCACUUUCCAUUUGUCUUUACUGGGCUAUGUGUUCAGCUCCAUACCAAAGCUUUGGGAAGCUACAGGAACUGGUGAGAGCAGUGUCUGUUUUUUGCCCUCGUAUAGUAUAUGGAUUGACUGCUUUGGGUCUUUUUCUUGUUCUUAGGAACCCUAUAAUGGUGUUUGUGAAAGAUACUAAGGAGGAAGAAAAUAGCAUUGUAACAUCGUACAAGAGAACUGGAACUGAGACAGACCUUCUUCAUGUGAUCCCCCAGAUUUAUCGUAAGAUGCAUAAAUCACUGAGUUCUUCUAAUGUUACUGGUGCAGAUGGGAAGCCCACUGUUGCAGCCUAUGGGUUAGGGACUGUCUACUCAGCUGUUCUUCUUACAGUGACUUUACUCCUAGGACUUUUGCUUAUCCUGUUGCAUAGUGAGAGGUUGUCCCUCUCAUUCCUUAUUCUGUUUUUGGAAGCAUUUGCUUUUCUGCAAAUUCAUUCCAUUGCUGUGAAUCUGUCUGCUAAUGACUCUGAGCAUUUCAGUGUGAAUUGGUACGCAGUCAUAGCCUGGGCUUUUGCAUCAUGGCAGUUCUUCUAUUCCACAGGCCAUCAGCCAACUCUACCAACAAUCCAGUGGAAUGCUGCCUUUGUUGGGUUCAAUGAAGGACAUGACAACAACACAAUACCUGCUCUGCUAAUACUGGCUAAUACCUUUGCUUCUUAUAUCCUCUUUGCAGUCAGCUGUCCUUUGCUACUCUUUUGGCCUUUUAUCCAUGAAAUAAAAAAUUCUAAAAUGUCAAGUCGUUCUACAAAUGAUGAUCAAGUGAUGGAGAUGAGACUAAGAGAGUCCCCAGAGAGGUUUGCAGCUGCCCUUUUGCAGUUGGGCAUGAGAUACCUGUUUGCACACGGAAUUCAGCUUCUUGCUUCUGUCUGUGCUGCAGCCCUCUUGCGAAGACAUUUAAUGGUUUGGAAGAUUUUUGCACCUAAGUUCCUUUUUGAGGCUGUUGGAUUUGUUGUCACAAGUAUAUCUCUUCUUUUUGGAAUUUCUUUAGUAAUAUGGGUGGACAAUGCUGUGAACAGAUGGUUUAAAAAGCUUAUUCUCAGUCAGGUCAGGUAGCAGUAAGAGACCUCUCACUAUGAGAAAACCAGCUGCAGAAAGCAAAUUAAAAAUAAAAUAAUCAUCAGAUGAAAUGCCAAAGAAGAAAUGGUAAAACAAAGGCAGCAUAUUCAAAAAAAAAACCAAACUGUGACCAGAAAGUUUCAGCUUGGCUAGAGCAAAGCUGUGCUUUAUUGAUGGCUCUUGACUAUUCCUUUUUGAUCAGUCAUUUGUGAUACAUUAAACCAACAUUUGAAGUGACUUUCAGCACUACAUGCUUCUUCUUCAAGGAUGGAAAGGUUUUGUUUGCAGCAAGGUACUACAGGAUAUUAUUUGUUCAAUUAUCGCAUAACUGUCAAGUGUGAGAAAAAAAUGCGGUUUCACUAUGCAAGAUAAAAAUAUUGCUGACUGCAUUGGAGUUCUUCAUGUUUAUUAGAAGAAAGUAUUGAUUUAGUUUGAAACACAAACGUAUCUGUAAUUGUUAUGGUUAAUUGUAUUAAACAUGUACAGUUAUGACAUUUUACUGAACUGCUAUCCACUGCUCUGGGUAGCAUGGUGAUUAAUGUUGCUGCCCUGCAGAUUUGUCGUUUGGAUGUCAGUUCCAGCAUUCAGAUGCUGUGUAGGGUAAGUUUGUUCUCUGUUUCUUUGUGUGGGUACUGUAGCUUGCUCCCAUUUCCUUGCAUAUAUUGCAUAGUUUAGGUGACCAAUGUAAAUUUGAUUUCUGUUGUGGAUCUUUUUCCAUGGGUCUUUCUUGUAAACCAGCCUUUGGCUCAGUGGAAGUAACCAGUUAACAGAAUGAAUUAAAAAUAAUAAAUAGGUUAUUUUAGUCACACAGGAGGUUAGACCUAUGUUUUUAAAUAACAUAUGCAUAGCAAGAUCUCUUAUUAAGAAACUACAGACACAGCUACAUACCUGAAUCAGCUCCAUAAAUAUGUAAAUUGAGACAGAUUUGGGACGUAUCCCACAUCAAAAUGUGAAUUAACACACCCAAAGUUCCAAAAAAAAGUUAUAUUUCAGAGAUCUGUUGGGUUUUUAAAGCCAUACUUCUAAGCAUCAUUGUAGUGUUUAUUUCUGUUAUUCAGAUAAAUACAAGAGACAUAAAUGAGAUUAAAACACUGCAAAAUGGAGUUUGCAUCUCAAAAUUGUAGGUGUUUUGCGUCAUGAAAUCAGUUUUACCUCUCGCAAAAUAGACUUUGCAUUUUUAUAUUUAUUAUCUUGUAAAGUUGUGAGUUUCUUAGUUUCAUUAGUAUUAUAACAUUAUAGUUACAUUAUUGCUGACUGCAUGAGUUUCAGAUUUCUAAAUGUUUCUUAUGGCAGCUUAUAAAUAAGAUUACUGUAAUAAGCCCCUGUAACAAAAUGUUAGGUUUAGCUUUAGAAGACAAAACAGAUUCAUUAAAUUGAAACAGAUUUUUGUAGUAAACGUACAUAAAGAAUACAUUUAAUGUAUAUAAUAUAAGAAACAUAUACAUUGUAUUUAAUUAUGGAAUAAAGUGAUUUUUAGUGUUAUACUGAAUUUUGAUCAAUAUCAGUAACAUCUGUUUGUAACAUGUGCAAAAUUAAACCUAAGCCUUAAAGUA